GUGGAAAUUGUUCAAUUGGAGGAUUUGGACUAUGAAGGAAAUGACAAAUUCUGGACAGUAAGUAUUGGCAAUUGUAAAUUGAACCCAACAGGUUGCUGGUCACCUUAUACAGAAAGACCUGCAGGUGGUGGGGGAAGGGUGAUGGGGGAAGGGAUUUUAUGACAUCUUUUGUGGAGAAGCAGCCCCUCACAGUAAUUUCUGCAUUCAGAUAGGAAAGAUAUGACCUUACUCGUGCCCUCAGAGGACAGAAAAGUAGGCAAUGAACUAGGAUUUUGAGGCGCGACAUUUAAUCAACCACUUUUCCAUAUUUAUAAAUGGAAAUAAGUACCAGUCACAGAAAGCACAUUGUGUCAUUUUGUGUACCUUGCAGGUGAUUGAUCUGGUUACGCACAGUACAGUGAUGAAUUUCCAUGCACGUCCAGCCUCUUACCCUGUGGUUUUGGUCUUCUUUUUUGGACAAGUCAGCUUGUGGUGCAAACAACUUAAAUAAAAUAAUGCACUUGUGCAAGUAGGGGCAACUGAGUUUGAAGAGGUAUUUUCUUGCUGGUAGUAUCCCAACACAAAUGUUUUAAUUAUUUUUGAAAGUGAGCACAUUGUGAGACAAACUACAAUAGUUAUUGAUUAUCGGGACCAUAAACAUUGUGCGCUGAUUUAACCCUGUAACUCCCAAGGUCUGAUUUUUAAUUCUCCCUUGUAGCUGCUUCACAUUCCCUUGUAAAUUAGUGAUGGGAACAUGGUGCUAAAUCAAGAUAGCAGCUUUUACCUGAUAAGUUUGAAUAUUCUGAUCCCCUGUUUGCUGAAGAAUGUAUUGAUAUUGUAGGGAGAAGUCUCAUGUUAAUCACUUCUGCCAGUCAAGUGGUUAAAGAAUAUUAAAAGUUCAUUUUGUGUCUUAAAAGCUACUAGAAUAGAAACUGAUGUAGAAGUGUAAGUGUUGUUUUUAAUUUUUUGGUAGACACGUAGAAGCAGUAGCAAAAUAGUAACUUUCUUCUUGUGUCCCAUUGGUUGCAUACAUAGGUGACAACAGAGAAUGUGUGCUCUUUGGUAAUAAGUGAUUUAAACAGCCAUGAACUGGCAGAGGUAUUUUGUUUGCAAUGUUAAAAUGUCAACAAGUCUGAAUUGUGGCUCUUAAAAAUGUGAGCACUCUAUCUAGGCCCCCAUGAUUAACGAGCCUUCUCUUAUCUUGAUAGAGACUGUAAGUUUUGUGGAGGAUUAGGUUUACAUUUGAUAAUUUUACAAUCAUUUGACCUUUGAUUUGCACAGUUACUUGUUGGUUCAGAAGACUUUGACAUGAGAGUGUUUAAAGAUGAUGAGAUGAUUGCAGAGAUAACUGGAACUGAGGUGGGCGCAUCUAGCUCUUUUGAAGAAGCUAUUCUACAUCCAUUUAUGAAUUCAUACUGAAUUUGCUUUUCAAGCUUUCAGGUCUGAAAUCGAGGACUGCAAGAGGGGCUCACAUUUGAGGCAUUGCACUCAGGCUCUCAGUUGAAGCACACCCUGCAGGCUUCCAGUUGAUGUUACGAGGUCAUGUUACCAGGUCAUGUUCCGAGGUCAUGUUGCAAGGGCAUGGUGUGAGGUCAUGUUCCAGUUUCAUGUUCUACGGUCAUGUUCCCUGGUGAUGUAUGGCAGUAAUGGUCCGUGGUCAUGGUCAGAGGUCACAUUCUGAGGUGAUGUUCCCAGGCCGUGGUCUAAAGUCAUCCUUUGGUGUCAUGUUCCACGGUCAUGUGGUGUGGUCAUUUAUGGCAGUAAUGGUCUGUGGUCAUGGUGUAAGGUCAUUGUCUCAGGUCAUGUCCCUAGCUGAUGUCCCAAGGUGAUGUUCUGAGGUCAUGUUCAGAGUUGCAAGAAAUAGCUUGUCAUUACACUGAGAGUGGCAUUUUUAACAUCAACUGAGAAGUUUGUGCUUUUUUUGCUGGCCCUGGAACACUGCUGGAUGUGACACACUUCUUGCUGAGACACCCACAAACUUCUUGGCCUCCAAUGUGGGGAAGAAUUCUAACCUGCUUUAUGAAGAUGUAAGUGACAGAGCAACAAUACUGACCAAGGGUUUAGGUUGCCAUUUGGUAGACAAGAAAAAAAAACCAUUAGGAAAUUAUGCAGAAUUUCUCCUUGUCACCUUGCCAUAGGUCCUCAUAAAAGCACUCCUCCUGAAUAAGUUUUCUGAUAAUACUUUUAGGGUUGGAAAGAGUGCCCUUUCCUUUAGAAAAUCAGCUUAACAGCACCCUCUUCCCCUUUGAAUAGGUACUCCUUCUAUCUCCUCAACCAUACCUUGAGUUUAUUUAUGUGCAAUGAACUAUAAUAUUAAAAAAGACUGAAAGACUGCUAGUAAAAUGUAAAAAGGAACUUGGUAUUGUAGCCAAAAAUUUUCAAGGGGAAAAAGAAGAAUAGAAAUGAAAACUGCUGUAUGUAGUGAAAUGAAAAGGUCGGUUAGUACUAGGUGUGGUGGUAUAAACAUUUACAGGUGUUCUAAUUUAAUUUCCAUGGGGCAAGUUGCUCUCCCUGUUGAUUAUUAUUAGAUUGCUGAUGGAGCAAAUGCAAUUGUGAGAGGUAGACUUGGAUCUUUGGAGAAUCUUUUGGGAUUGAUGAUGGAAAUUGUUCUAUUCGAGGAUUUGGAUGAUGAAGGGAAUGACAGAUUCUGGACAGUAAGUAUUAGCAAUUGUAAAUUGAAUUCAACAGGGUACUGGACACCUUAUACUGCAAGACCUGUGGGUGGUGAGGGAAGGGUAAUGGGGGGAGGGGUUUUAUUGCAUCUGUUGUGGAGAUACAGCCUCUCUCAGUAA